AUGGCCACGGACAGAUACACCGUGAGAGCGUGGGAGCAGAUAUCCUAUCUGUGCCCCGGGUCAAGCCAGGAUCACGUUCGGGAGGUGUGGAAUUUGAUCCUCAACCCUAUUUUCCCACUCGUAACGGCUGAUGGUAAGUCUUAUGCUGUGAAGAACGAGGACGACCAAGAUAGAUUCCCUCAGAUCUCCGUUGCUAAUCUGAACGGUCGAUUUGAAACCUCCCCACUCUUUACGGUCUACUGCAUCGGAUUUGCUGACCCUGACACGGAUAUGUGGAAGGUCUUGGAAGAUGUGGUUCAGCUCGACCUACUUGAGGCCUCAAGCCUCUUUGAGGGAAAGCCUCGAGCAAGCCUUUUCGCAGCCAUUGCAGUUGGCCCGAUGGUACGUUUCUACCGACUGGAUGAAGAUGAUUAUUUCUGCUAUGUUGAAUAUCGCGAUAGGGACGCGUAUAACGUUCAUCAGGAUUUCGAUGUCAUCGUUGAACAUCUGCUCCAGAUUCGGGAGGCUAUGGCGUGA